AUGAACCGACACUACAUCAACCCACUUGAUCACGAAACCACCUUUUCCACACCGCUGCAAGCCAUGUAUUGGAACGGUGUUUACUACCCUAACUGGCGCAUCUAUCGUGAUCAGCCUCCUGUCUCGCUCAAUUACGAUGUCAUUUCGCACGUGUUCUACGCAUUUGCAUGGGUAAAGGACGACGGCACCGUAUACCUGAGCGAUGAAUGGGCAGAUGCUCAGAUUGAAGUGCCAGGCACUGACGACAUCCCUGCAACCAAGGGCUGCCUAAACUCGUUUGCGCUGCUCAAGAAGAAGUACACAAGACUACGAGUAGUGCUGUCUGUCGGUGGCGGUGGGAAAGGCAGUGAGCCUUUUGCGGCUGUUGCUCGGGAUCCAGCCUGCCGUGAGCGCUUCGCUCAGUCGUCGUUGGGACUAGUGCAACAGUUCGGCAUCGAUGGAAUCGACAUCGACUGGGAACACCCCUCGGAUGCCAGACAGGGUCAGGAUUACAUUGCUUUAUUAGCUAUACUUCGACAGUACCUACCAGCACCACAGUACACGCUAUCUUCGGCCCUUCCCGCGGGCGAAUGGGCACUCCAGCACAUCAAUCUAGCGCAUGCUGCGCACUACCUAGACAUGAUCAACCUCAUGGCGUACGACUAUUCGGGCCCAUGGGUUAGUAAGUGUGGUCAUCAGGCGCAGCUGUUCACACCACAUAUCCCACACAGCCCGGAAGCUGCCAUUUCUUGCCACUCAGCCGUUUCCUACAUGCUGCGUCAGGGCGUGCCGAGGAACAAGAUAGUCAUGGGCGUACCAGCCUAUGGCAGAAGUUUCACAGGAACCCAUGGCAUAGGUCAUCCGUUCUCGGGGCAAGCGGGCGAGGAGGGCACGUUUGAGUACCGGGACCUGCCACGUCCAGGCUCAGAGGAGCACAUCGAUGAUCAGCUUGGUGCAGCGUACUGCAUCGGAGGGGAUGGUGGUCUGGUCACGUACGACAACCCGCACACAGUUCGGAUGAAAGCGAAUUAUGUGCGACAACACGGACUGGGUGGGCUCUUCUACUGGACGGGAACGGGAGAUGCAAGCUCCCUCAGGCAAAAGGACCGUAGCCUGGUGUACAAUGGCUUCCUAGGGCUAUUCCCGCAGUAAGUGGUGUGUUGAUACCUGUUAUCCGGGCAGCACGCUCGGUCGCAAAAUGGGGGUAAAUCGGUAACUCGGGAAAAGGCUAUUUUCAUGAUAUUCAGUGUAGUACCUAGGUG